GCCUCCCCCCGAAUGGAUCGUUCGUUUCUUCUGAAUUUCUCUCUCAUGAAUUUCUGUUGACUUUCUCUCUCUAUUCUCUCUUUCUGAUAAUGCUCCAUCUUGUACAGAGUAGUUGACGAGUCUUACCCACCCAAUCCGGCAGCCAAGACGCGUUUUCAAACUUCCCAUUUCUCUCUCUCUAAAAACCUUCAUUCCAUACCCAAAACCCAGUUCCGAUUCUCUUCCCCCCAAUCCCCACACCUCUGCCUCCCUAUUCUCUUAACAAAUUUCAUUGCCAUAUACUGCAGAAUCGGACCAGUGAAUUAAUUGGAGGUUCGAGUCAUCAACGACGAUGAACGAUAUAUUUUCAGGCUCAUUCUCUCGCUACCGCGACGAUGGUUCUCCGCGCAGCGUCCAGAUGUCGGCGAAUUCCACCGGCGGCGUCAACCUCGACAAGUUCUUCGAGGACGUGGAGGCCAUCAAGGACGAUCUCCGGGAGCUCGAGACUCUCUGCGCCAAUCUCCAGAGCGCCAACGAGCAGAGCAAGACCCUCCACAACGCCAAGGCCGUGAAAAACCUUCGUUCGCAGAUGGACAACGACGUCGCUUCGGCCUUGAAGAAGGCCAAGAUGAUCAAGGUCCGGCUCGAGGCCCUCGACCGGUCCAACGCCGCGAACCGGAGCCUCCCCGGCUGCGGACCGGGCAGCUCCUCGGAUCGGACCCGCACCUCCGUCGUCAACGGCCUCCGUAAAAAGUUGCAGGAGUCGAUGAACUCCUUCAACGCGCUCCGGCAACAGAUCGCCGGCGAGUACAAGGAGACCGUGCAGCGGCGGUACUACACGGUGACAGGCGAGAACGCCGACGAGUCGACGAUCGACCGGCUGAUCUCGACGGGCGAGAGCGAGACGUUCCUGCAGAAGGCGAUCCAGGAGCAAGGACGGGGGAAGGUCCUGGACACGAUCAUGGAGAUCCAGGAGCGGCACGAGGGGGUGAAGGAGAUGGAGAGGAACCUGAAGGAGCUGCACCAGGUGUUCAUGGACAUGGCGGUGCUGGUUGAGACGCAGGGCGAGCAGCUCGACGACAUCGAGGCUCAGGUGAACCGAGCCAGCUCAUUCGUGAGCAGAGGGGCUCAGCAGCUCCAUGUGGCUCGCAAGCACCAGAAGAACACGCGCAAGUGGACCUGCUUCGCCAUUAUUCUGCUCUUGGUCAUCAUCCUGAUCAUAGUCCUCUCCCUCCAGCCAUGGAAAUAGCGGCCGUUCGAUUGGCGGAUUUGGCUCGCGGGUUCAGCGUUCCCCGUACACCUCGAUGCACAAUCGUAUUGCCCUUUUCUAUAUUUUUUUGGAGGAUUAUUUUAUUUUUACAAGAGUCCGAGCUUGAUGACGCCACCUGUUGGAGGAUGGGAGUGAAGGGCAAAGGCGUAAUUUCGGGGUCUUGGGACUCGGAAGUUUUCUAUGUCCUUUCGUUGGUGGACUGAUUCAAGUUUUCGCUUCUUAUUUUUAAUUUUUAUUUGUUUUCUUUUGUGGUAUAAUUUUAGUUUUAUUUUGGUUUUAGUAUUUUGAAUCUUCUCUUUUGUUAUUGGGAUUGGGAUGUAAGUAUCAAUCAGCUUUGUGAAAUUGUCGAAUGCCACUUUUACAGAUUUUUUAUAUAAGCAAUAAUGAUUUUAUAAUUGGCUUA